UUCUUCUUGUUACUGAUGGCUAUGUUUUUAUCAACAGAUGGUGGUAGUGAUGGACACGCACAAACAUGUACUGUAACCACUUAUAGCAAGUGGGAUGCAAUUCAGGAAUUGCUUGGACACCCCAUGGAGAAGCCAGUGGUUCUUCACAGAUCCUCUUCAGCAAACAACACAAACCCUUUCGGCUCAACUUUCUGCUUUGGAUUGCAGCGCAUGAUCUUUGAGGUCAUGCAGAACAAUCACAUAGCGUCAGUAACGCUUUACGGUCCUCCCAGGCCCAGCAGCCAAUCUCAAACCACGGAACUAACACAAUGAGCCUCAGUCUCAUUUGAACCAACCAGGACUCUACCAGUUUAGUACAGUGUGCCUUGAUUUGCUGCCACAAUUGUACAGAACAGCAUGAUCCAGUCAACACUGCAUCCCUGGCCUCAUCUGGAUUGAGGAGGGGGUGGGUUUCUGGUUUGUUAAUGGCCUCAUCACUGCUGAUGGUCCCUGCCGAUGAGGUGUGCAACUCUAUGCUUGCAUUAAGCCAGUUUCUGUCCUCAAUUGUACAGUGCAGAUCAGCUGGGUCCUGCCUUGCCUUGAGUCUUUAGAAGUUGAGGAAGCAGGCAGUGGAGCUGCAGAUUCAAGAAGCACAAGUUGUACAAGCCUUGAAUGGGCAGUGUUUCAGGUUUCUGUUUAGUAGGUGUUCCUGUAGUGUUGUGGUACUCCAUACACUCAUUUCUGUCCCAGCACAAUAUGCAAAGACAGAAGUUUGUCCACGUGUUCAGGCACAGCCUAUCUCUGUAGCUUAGACAGUAGCACGUUUUUAUAGAAAUGGUUACAUCAUUUGCACUACAUACACUUUAAUUACUUGAUUAAUCGUGUUUUAUCCACUGAGGAGUGUCAGGGUAUAGUGCCAGCUAAUUGGGUGAGACUGGGGUGUGGAGAGGAGUCCAGUCCAUGCACACAGCCGGUCCCGCUGCUCGGUGGGGGUUUGAAGGGGGAGUGAUGAUUUAUUCACUUCAUCGCACUAUAUUGGGUUGAAAUGCAAUCCUCUGCCAUGUCUUGAAUUGCAUGUUGUUAAUUUGAUGCCAAAGACAUAUCUUCAAUGUGCUUACUUUCCUCAUCUGUGCUAUUUCCCAUGACAGAACUGCACAUCCCAAGAUCGUCAUUGGUCAUUAGCAGGUUUUAGUCAGUCAGCAGCAGAAAUUGUACACUGUACACAAGCAGAGUUGAAACUCUGCUCUUCGCAGUAUUCACAAGAGGUUUGUUCAUUCAUAGGAAGAUGUGAAGCUACUUGGACUGUUCCCUCGUCAAAAUAUUGAGAGCUUAGUGCUUUUCUUUUUUAAUUAAAACUCUUAGCUAUCACUCAUUUUUACAUUGUACAUUGUAGCAACUUGUAAUUAAUAGACAAAUUUUGUGUGUUUACACUGUGUGUAUAAAUCUGUAAAUAAUGCAUUUUGUAAUUUUAACAAUGUACAGGGAGUGCCUGUAUAGUUUAAUGGUGAACAAUGAGAAGGAUGUAUUUUGAAUUGUAAUCAAUGUUUUGACUCUGGACCAGUAGCAAGGACAUGUGAUGUGUGUUAUGGUGAAACUUUGCGUUCUGUCUUCCUGUAAACUGUGAGAUUGCAAACUGUUGUAUCCAACACACGUGGAUGUUGUUUAAAGACUAUGUUACAGUUUACUUUGAAGCUGAAAGCUGUUCUCUUGUAGCUGUUGAUCCUUAACUAAACCUGCUUAGUUUAGUGUUUUUUCCUGUGCUCCUUGCUUACCAUGGGAACUAUUUGCCUCUUCAUUCAUUUUUCGUUCUGCACAGUCCUCUGACUUUUAUUUAAAAAAAAAAGAAAAAGGAAAAAAAAAAUGCACAUUAAGAGCAUGUAUUCUGCCUCGCAAAUAAAACUGACUCCAGUUCACUGUUUGAGAUAA